CACCAUUGUAUGAUUUACCUCUGAGUCUUUUUAUGUAAAUUGUCCAAAAAGGUGAAGUUUUUCGACAUGUUUGAAGAUGUAAAAGAGAGAGUAGACUAAUCUGACGGUGCCAUUUCAUUACCAACAAUCCCACGACUAAGAUUCCAGAGUGUACAGUACAGUACUACGCUUCCAGUGGAUGCUGAAGCCCAUUAGUGUAGCUGUCAUGGAGGAUGGAAGGAAUUGGUUAAGAUCAAUAGCUAUGGAACACACGAGUUGCUUAGUGUAAUUAGUCGGGGAAAAGUUACAUUACAAUGAGGCGGAGCCAUGCCCCAAGUCAGUUGCUUAAACGGAAGAAUGACUGUGGUUUCACAAUUGGCCCAAAAGUGGCUGUUAGCCAGUCAGAUUCUAAGAGGCAAAAGGUGGCAGAAAAGGCAGGCCCAGGGCUCCUGGUCUCUCCCUAUCGGGCUCCUCUUGUACCAAUUGUUAAUACUCCGACAGGACAAACUUCUUCUCAUGAGGAUUUGAUUCGGAAAAUUCUCGCCAAGCCAUUUAAGAUUCCCAUCCCUAAUUAUGUAAGUCGAGGAUCUCGAUGCUUGGGGAUCCGUCGUAAUGGUGUGAGGCGACCAUUGCAUGACCCUGAUGAACCUGGUGCCCUGGUGCUUUACUCCCCGGCUGUCUUGUCCGCUCAAGAGAAGCUCACGGCCAACCUGGAGAAGCAGGAAGUAGCAGUUGUGGUUGACCCAAUGCUCUCUGCUGUCUUGCGUCCUCACCAGCGAGAGGGGGUCAAGUUUAUGUAUGACUGUGUCACUGGGAAACAGAUUGAAGAAAAUUAUGGAUGCAUUAUGGCUGAUGAGAUGGGGCUGGGGAAGACCCUACAGUGCAUCACCCUCAUGUGGACACUACUCAGGCAGGGACCAGACUGUCGACCCACAAUAGAAAAGACUAUUGUGGUUGCUCCCUCCAGCUUGGUAAAAGUGAGUAAUUGUGAUGUUUUGGUUCAGAAGUGAGGUAAAGUGUAAGAGAAUUGGAUGAAAAUUGUCAUGGUCCUGUAUUUUUGCACCACCAUUUUUUAUGUACAGUCAGAGAAAAAAGUUGCGUUACACUUAGUGUGCCUUAUGUUCUGGAACCCAUGACAAAGAAUUUUGGUAAAGUUCCUCGUUCAGGUUUGAACCUCAAGCAUUACUGUCACUUUACCCAAAUUCUUAGUCAUAGGUUUUGGAACAUAACACUAGGGGAGGGGGGUAACAUGACUAUUUUCUUUGACUGUACCUCUUGAGUUUGGUCUACUGUGUUAAUCUUGACUCAGAUGCCUCACUCACCCAAGAUCUCCACUUUGAGGGUUUAGCCAUGGUAGUAGAGCCUCCAGACCAAGGUACCACUAUGUAAGUCUUUAACCUGUGCUCUGGCAUCCUUAUAUAUGUUCAUGUUAUACCUGAAAUAUUUUUUUACCCACUUCAUCUGACUGUAUUUUACACCCUCUAUCCUCUCAAUUAUUCAGAAACUCAAGUAUAUCAUUAUUUCUUGCUUCUUCCAUUAACCCCUUCACUUACAGGGAUGCCACUCUUAAUAUUUUAUUUGACUAACACUAGAAAGGAAUUCAUUACACAAGGAGUUAAGUUAUAGCAAGGUACAGAAAUGUAGCUUAAUAUAGAGAAGCUACACUCAUGAAUGAAGAAUAUGAGCUUUUUCGGUUAUUAGGUUGUCAGGGAGUGGAUUUAUCUGUAAUUGGAACGAAACUGAGUGGCAAAGUGAAUCAAAUGGAGGAGGUUAGGAAAUUAAUGUCAGGGUAAUGUAUGUAUAUUAUGUAUGUUGUAUGUA